CUACUUUCUCUCUGCGUUUUCUUCGGAAACCCUAAAACUCUUGAAGAAGAAGAAGAAAGACUCACCGUUAAAUUAGCUCUUCUCGAGGUCAAAUCUUCACUUUAUCCAGAUAAAUUCAGCUACUUCUUGGGUAUUGUGAGAGAAGAGUGGUGGAAUCAUUUUAUUUAAUAACCUUAUGGAGGAAGAGGUUGUCAUGUCUGAGAAUGGUAGUUUUGAGUUUCAUGAUGACACUUUAUCAUCAUCAGUUCAGAUUAAUGGUGUUCUUAAAGAGAAUGAGAAUCCAGAUGUUGAUUUUCUUGAGGAUUUAGAUUCUUACUGGGAGGAUAUAAAUGAUCGGUUAACUAUCUCACGAGUCGUGAGUGAUUCGAUUAUAAGGGGAAUGAUUACUGCAAUUGAGUCUGAUGCUGCUGAGAAGAUAGCUCAGAAAGACCUUGAGUUGUCGAGAAUUAAGGAGACUUUGCUUCUGUACCAUGUGGGUUCUGAAGAAAAUGAAUCCUCUGAGUCUCGUUUGGUGCAUGAUAAUAAGGGGGGUAUGGACAUUCAAGAUGAACUUACUCAAGGAUCUUUAAGCAGUCUUAAAAAAACAGCGAGAAAACAGUUGCUGAUGCUCGUUGAAGAACUCACCAAUUUGAGAGAGUAUAUUCACAUCAAUGUAUCAGAAGCCACCGUGGGUUUAGACAGCCGUCAUCAUGAGACCAGGUCCAAAACUGUCGAUAAAAUGCUUGAUUCCUUGAAGAGCAUUCUAGAGACUGUGUUGAAGCGGAAGAAUGAUAUGGAACUUCCCUCCUCGUGGCAGCAGGAGCAUGAUUUUCAAAAAGAAAUUGAGUCUGCAGUGGUGACUAGUUUUGUUCGGAGUCUCAAGGAUGAGUAUGAACAGAGAUUGUUGGACCAAAAAGCUGAAUUUGGUGGUAAUAGAAGUCUCAUACUUGGAAAUAUCAGAGAGAUUACUGGUCUGCGUCAGGAACUAGAGGCGAUUCGUAAAUCGUUUUUGGAUCAUGAAAAUGGGGACGAGGCAGGGGAGGUAGGGGACCGGAAAAGAGUGGAGCAAUUGCACCGCAAGAUGUCGGGAAGCCUUAAUUCAGUUUCUUCAGUUUGGGAAAAUGGUAAGCAUGAAGAGAGUUCUACUGGCUUAAUGCCUGAGUAUAAUGAGGCUCUAAAACACAUGUCACGAGAUAAUUUGAUCAGUCACUUUAAGAUCGAGAUGAAUAAAAUGAAAAGAGACCAUGAUUAUGAGAUACAAGAGCUGACAGAGCAAUGUUUUACCUUUAAGCGCAAGUAUUUGAAUUUAACGGAAAGGGGUUCUUUUUCUUUUAUGGGGAAGGAUAAGGAGCUAGAGGCGCUGAAAAAGAAGAUCCCAUUUGUCAUCUCUAAAUUGGAUAAGAUUUUGAUGGAAGAUGAAAAGUUGGUGUCUGAAGGCAAGAAUGAUGCUGAUGUUAAGCGCAAACUGGAAUCUCUUCUUCUGGAAAAUCGUCAACUGAAAGAUUCACUUUCAGACGCUGCUGAGAAGAUGUCACAGCUUUCUCAGGCUACGGCAGAUCAUCUAGAGUUGAUUCGAAAGCUCAAAUCAGAUGUUGAGGAUUCUUGUGUUGAAGCUUCUAUUUACAAAGAUGUUUAUGGGUGUUCUGUAACGGAGUUUCUGGGCCAGAUUAAAUGUGCAAAACAGGAGACAGAUUUAGAGCAUAGUAUGUUGAGAGAAGCAUAUGAGUUGUUAUUGGAAGAUCUUGCUAAAGAAGCCCGUGAAAGCAAGGAGGAGUUUGAAGACUCUUGUGUCGAGUCCGUCAUAAUGGAAGAGUGUUGUUCAGUCAUAUACAAAGAAGCCGUCAAGGAAGCUCAUAAGAAAAUUGUAGAGUUGAACAUGCAUGUAACAGAAAAAGAAGGAACUCUGAGAUCAGAGAUGGUUGACAAGGAAAGACUGAAAGAGGAGAUUCAUAUGCUGGGGUGUCUCGUCAAGGAGAAGGAGAAUUUAGUCCAAACGGCGGAGAAUAACUUGGCUACAGAGAGAAAGAAAGUCGAGGUAAUCUCUCAACAGAUUAACGAUCUGCAAUCUCAGGUAGAACAGCAAGAAACAGAAAUUCAGGAUAAAAGUGAAGCACUGAGAGUUGUUUCGGCACGCGAGUUAGAGAAAGUAGAAGGUUAUGAGACGAAGAUAUCCAAUUUGAGAGAAGAGCUAGAAUUAGCAAUAGAGAGUUUGAAGGAAAUCAAAGAUGAAAAAAGGAAAACCGAGGAGAAGUUAUCAGCGACAAAAGCAGAGAAAGAGACACUUAAAAAGCAACUUGUGUCUCUGGACUUAGUCGUUCCUCCUAAAUUGAUAAAAGGGUUCGACAUUCUAGAGGGUAUGAUAGCAGAAAAGAUGCAAAAAACGAAUUCUAGGUUGAAAAACAUGCAGAGUCAAUUGAGUGAUCUGUCACAUCUAAACAAUGAAGUCAAGGGGAAAGCAUCGACGUACAGGCAACGACUGGAGAAGAAGUGUUGUGACCUUCAGAAGGCCGAGACUGAGGUUGAUCUUCUUGGAGAUGAGGUUGAAACUCUCUUGGAUCUUCUUGAGAAAAUAUAUAUAGCUCUCGAUCAUUAUUCUCCAAUCCUAAAGCACUACCCUGGCAUCAUUGAGAUUUUGAGGCUUGUCCGGAGAGAACUUAGCGGAGAAUCAAAGAGACAAUCGGAUUGAUAAGUCGGAUCUCUUUCACACUAGUUUAUUUCUGUACAGAUCUCUCAGGUUUAUGUAAUGUUGAUGAUGUUUAGUUUUUUUUCAGUAGAUAGGUUUUGAUAAUGUACUGUCAUGAAUUCGAAAAAUGUGAUGUUUGAUCACCGGAUCUUUCAGUCUUAGAAUACAAUUGGAUUACAUAC